AUGUCGUCGCCCCCUCCCAAGCAGCAGAGCAGCGUGCCCCCCAAGGCGCCCGGACACGACAGCAGGCCGCUCUACUCGCGCCUCGCCAGCACCUCGAAGAGGUUCAUCGGUCGCGAUCCCCAGCUGGCCCCGCUCGCCUUCGUGAGUGAGUAUGGCUUCCUCCGCAAGCUCUCGUCCUUUGGCACAGUCGCCGUCGCCGCCUAUUGGUACAGCGCCAAGGUGCGCGGCACCGUGACCGAGGACCGCAUGCAAAAGUCGGGCGGCGCCGACGUGCACGCUGCGGGCGCGGCUCCCACCCAGGCCCAGAGCCUGGGCGCGGGCACCAGGUCCGACUACGCGUCGCCCAAGACGACGCCCAACGACGGCACCCUGGGUCGCAAGAUCAAGGAGCUCGCCGCCGACGACCGCGCCCAGAAGAACAGGGACCAGAAGGACAGGGUGCACGAGCUGCGCGACGAAGUGGGCGCCAAGAAGGACGAGUGGAAGGACGCCGCCAAGCAGAAGAUCCAGGUCAGCCGCUGA